CUCCUAUCAUUGUGAUUUUUCAACACCAUCAAGCUGGUCUUGACCAACCCAUCCAAGCUGCGCUUCGACGACACGCAUUUGCAAUCAUCUGCAAGACACUGUCCGUCUAUCACCUACAACUCGACUUGUUCGCAUGAUGCGCCUCCUCACACUUUCCACCGCCAUCAUUGCUGCUUCAUUGUAUGCUGCCAGAGCUGCCCCGAUACCGCAGCCAGAGAAGAGGAUGGAGAUGCAGCAGCGAAGUGUCAUUCCUUUCGAGGAGUCGUCACCUCUCGUUUCUUCCCUGCAAAGGAGAAGCCCCAGCUUCCUCGGCGACAUUGGCGAUUCCUGGAAUGCCAAAUUCGAUCACUACAUGGAUGUGGCGAAGCAUCCCAUCCGGCACCUGAAGCAGCAUUUUCACAACGAAAAGGAGCAACUGGAGCAAGCGGCUCAGCAGAAGGAGCAAGAGGCAAAGGCCAAAGCCCACGCGAUUGCCAAUCCCAUCGAAACGGCUCAAGCCAAGAUCGACGCUAAAGAGAAGGAGCUGCAGAAACAUUACGAAAAGACCGUCAAUACCAUCACCAAUCCUGAACAGGCUGCUGAAGCUGCGAUCAAGAAGAAAGAGGCGGAAGUGAGCGGUCAAUUUGACAAGUACAAGAACGCCGUCGAGAACCCUGGCAAGACGGCUGAAAAUUGGCUCAAGCCUCAGCUCAUGGCGCCCAAUUGAGGAUGCGCGGUUUGUUGAAGUCCAUUGUUGAAGCAGAAGAUGACCAUCAACCUUUGAAAGCGAAGACGCUAUACCUUGAACGUCUCAGGCGGUCUUGUUCCGUGUACUUGCCCUGCGUCAUCUCCAAGGGUUGCUGUCC